AUGUUCAAAAAUGAGUACCAGGGAGGUGCAUUUGUUGAAAUCUUUAGUGCCCAGGGUAAAAAUCCUGGAGCAAAAUGGAAGAUCCUCGGCAGUCCAUCUGUGAUUUGGAAAGAAUUUGAUAAAGAAGUUAAAAGUUUUGUGUUUGUACUGGAAGGCAGCAGCCAAACAAAUAAAAUACAGUUACCAAAGGAGAAUAAGCAAAUCCUUGGACUGAUCCAGAGGUUUCUUGUACUUCAGAUUUACAUACCCCUGGGACAAGACUUCUCUACUGAAUUGCUAAUUACUGAUUUGAGGAACAUAAAAAGAAGAUUGUAUUUAUCUACAGUCCAUAAGGAAUUGUCUUCAACCCCUCUUCAUGCAAAAAUCCCACUCUUCAUGAUCAAGCGCAAAAUUUGGUGCAAUCUAUGCAUUGACUUGGUGGCAUUUACCAAUGAAAUAUUCAAAGGAGCAGUUUUCCAGUCACUGGAUGGAAUUACUGUCUCAGCGAACUGUAAGCUACGAAAGAUCUUCACUUUAAAAUACAAACCUCGAGACACUGCUGAUAAAGAUGCUGGACAUGAUGCUUCCUUUCCAACAGAUGAACGUAUAGACAUUAUUCCACGAAGCUGCCAACUAACUACAGAUGUUCCACAAGUCACACAGCUGCUAAACAUGACUAAACUCCGCCAAACUGAAAUAAAAUUUGGAGGUCAUCCUCUGAGUCCAGCAGAAUCAGAUCACUUCAUUAACAGAGGAACAGUUAGCAUGCGGAACAGUAAACAUCAAGAUGUUUGUCAUAUUGCCUUUGGAUCCAAAGUCCUUGGACCGCCUCCACUCUCUGGCAGAAGAAAUAACAUGAGGCUAUCCAGUGAGACAGUAAAGUCUAUUGGGUCCAAAAGUAACCGAUUAUGCCAGCAGUCUACAGUAGAGAAGUGUGUUAACAGUGCAGAAAUGUCAGCCUUGCUGUUAUCUGAGUCUGAGGCACAAGGAGAUAAAGAAAAUAUUGGCCAAAUAAAGCAGACUGUACCUGUUCUUGCCAGUCUGCAUAUUAUGCAUCCACAUCCCCCUCAAGAACCAUCAGCCGAUAAGAAUAAUAACAGGAGAAGAUUACGGUUAAAAAGCACCAGCAGAGAAAGGACAGACACCCCCAAUGGCAAUUCUUCAGACAAUAACAGGAGUGAUGAACAUAAAGCAGCAACUGUCCUCACCACUAUGUCCCAGCAAAGAGCAGAGACAUUGAACCCCAGCUCUCCAGUACCCCAGUCUCCUGAUCAAGCAGAUGAGUGGGUAUUUCCCGAAAAUGGCGAUCACAUCCCGUAUUUGGCCUCUACCACACAGUCUCUACUUUUGAAUGAAGACUCCUGCCAUACUUCAUGCCUGUGGCUAGAAGCCAGCAAGGAAAGUGAACAGGAUCAACAGACAGAGGAAACCCAGAUUGUUCCAAAGGAUGUUUUCACUUUUUCAUCCAGACCACGAUCAGCACCUCAUGGAAAGACGCAGAGUGUGUCCCCAGAAGGGUGCCCGUUUACUUUGGAUCUAAAAGAAGAUACCAGUGUGACAAGGAGUGACACCCAAACAGAGGAAGAUUUUUACGGUGGUGACAGCAAUGAAGAGGAUAACCACAGUGUCCAGGGUUCUCCAGGCCCAACAACUAGUCCUCCAGGGUUAACUCAGUUAACAUUAGAGAGCAUGCUGGGGAAGGCUGCAAAGUGUGCAAGUAAAGAAUAUCUAAAAAAUGCUUAUGCAGAAGGAAGAACUUCAGAACACCAGAAUUCCUUGGUGAAGCAGAUAGAUAUAAAAGACUUUGAAACGAGUUUUGUGCCUACACCAUCCCUUUCUCCACCUGGAAGACAUGAGUCCUCUCUGAAAAUUCCAGAUCUUAUUAUUAAAGCAAAGGACCUACCAGCCCAUCAAGUGUCAGCUUCAAUAAACAAAACCUUCCUAAAGGAAAUUUCAGAGGAGAAGUUGAAACCAAUUGCUGAGUUAUCUGAGUAUGACUGGAGAAACUAUCAGCCCAGUGAGAUUAGUGAAUCUGAGUUGCAAAUGCUCGCCAGCCUACGGCGGCAACAGAAUGAAGAACUGGAGGACACUGGGGCUCCCUAUGGCCUGAGCGCAUCCCAGGUUGACAACUGUAAUGUCAGCAUAAGCACCAGCAGUGACGACACAACCACGUGGAACUCCUCCCUGCCACCUCCUGUCAACCAGGGCCGUCACUAUCAGAAAGAAAUGAACCCACCUUCUCCUUCUAACCCCCGGGACUGGUUAAAUAUGCUGAGCCCACCGAUUGUUCCUCCCAGUCAACAGUCCGCAGAGCGGCAUCAGGAUUCUUCUGGAAGCUCGAGUGUUCAAGGUGAAGAGGAGCUGAGUGUGGAAGAGGAUGAGGAAGUGCUGACUCUGCUGUAUGACCCAUGUUUGAACUGUUACUUUGAUCCCCAAACUGGGAAGUACUACGAGUUGGUAUAA